ACCUGGUGUUGGCAAUACGGUACCAUCAAGAAGACGAGGCAGCCCACGGUAAACUAAACCUAUCCAGAGGUGUUGGAGUGUCGUGGGGUGAAAAGGACCCACAAUGUUGAACCCGACCAAUGGUGACCCAAGCCACGUUGUGGUGAAUUAUGUCGAAGAGUAUUUGGACCUAGUGGAGUCUCUACCUUUCGACCUGCAGAGGAGCGUGUCCCUCAUGAGGGAAAUAGAUGCAAAGUAUCAAGAUGCACUCAAGGAGCUCGAUGAUGCAUAUGAACGGUAUCGCCGAGAAUUGGACUCGCUUCAGAGGCGCAAGCUUCAGUUAUCCAUCCAGAGGGCGCUGAUCCGCAGUCAGGAACUUGGAGACGAAAAGAUCCAGAUUGCUGGUCAAAUGGUGGAGUUGGUGGAGAACCGAACCCGACAGAUAGAGUGGCAUUCUGAGGUUCUCCUCUCCUCUCAAGAAGUCCAAGAAAGCCAUGUUACUACGACGACACCAAUGACAACCGCUUCUGUAUCCCUGAUGUCGUCUUCUUCGGCCACGGUCACUCCAGGCAAAUCCGGCCACCACGACAAGAAACGAGAGGAGGUCACCCCAGGAUCGGUUGGUGGAGACAAAGGCGGGGGGAAGCGCUCGAGGCGUCAGAAGAAUGGAGAAAAUCGGGAAUGCUACGGGGGUCUUGAUCACUCGGAAGAAGUGGGCGCUCCUCGGGAAAAGAGGGCCAAAACGUCUUCCAAGAAGAAGAAAAAAUCUAAAGGGAAGUCAGAGAGAGAAGUGUCACCUCCUGACCUGCCCAUAGAUCCAGAUGAGCCAACGUACUGCUUGUGUGAGCAGGUUUCCUACGGAGAGAUGAUUGGCUGUGAUAAUGAUGUAUGUCCAAUUGAGUGGUUUCAUUUCUCUUGCGUUGGGCUGCACCAUAAGCCCAAAGGCAAGUGGUACUGCCCCAAGUGUCGGGGUGAGAAUGAAAAGACCAUGGACAAAGCCCUGGAGAGGGCGAAAAAGGAGAGAGCUUAUAACAGGUAGCUCGCUCUGCCCGGCCCAAUGAACACUGAAUAAAAAGCUGCAAUUGUAUGUGUUUGUUUUCAUUUAAAAUUAGCACUGUUAUGAAGUAUUGUACUGAUGAGAAGGAUCAUUUAAAAGUUAUUUUUGUAGCUGCUGUAAACCUGAAGCAAGAUAUGCCUCCAUCAGACUUGUAGUAGUUGUAAAAUAUUAACGGUAAGAUAACAGGUCCAUGUGCAUGCUUUGAGAUCUGUUCUGCACUUGCAUCCAUUUCUGUUUCCAGCAAGUCUGCUCAUUCAACAAAUAAACAUAUAACUUUUGUCUGGUAUAA